AUGGGCGGGAUUUGGGAGGCAGGCGUAAAAUCCUGUAAGCAUCAUCUGAAACGAGUGAUGGGAAAUGCUCUGCUUACUUUCGAGGAGCUUUCCACGGUCCUAGUACAAAUCGAGGCCUGCCUCAAUUCGAGACCCUUAACUCCCUUAUCUACGGAUCCAGAUGAUUUGCAAUGUCUUACUCCAGCUCAUUUUCUGGUGGGAGAGUCGAUGACCAGUUUCCCGGACGCGGAUGUAACGGACGUGCAACUUAACCGGUUGGAUCGCUGGCGUCUGGUGCAAAGAAUGACUCAGGAUUUUUGGAAACGGUGGGCGGCGGAAUACAUUUCUAAUCUUCAAGGCCGCACGAAAUGGAAGAAGGAACAAUGCAAUCUCAAAAUUGGAGACCUGGUAGUGCUGCGCGACGAACAGCUUCCACCAUUGAAAUGGAAAUUAGGGCGCGUGUUGGAGCUACACCCGGGCGCUGAUGAUUUAGUGCGGGUCGUGACUGUUAAGACGGUGGACGGUAAUCUUAAGCGUUCAAUCG